UAGCUGUGACAGGUCAAACGCGAAGAUUUGCUAUUUUCGUAGGAACUGCAGAACUUACAAGACAAGAGGAGAGCAAGCGCAGAAACUGAAAAGAAUGGAGGUGGAUGAAUGCUCAGCUGGUGGUGAUAGUGGUGCUGAGGAAGAUGAAGAUGAUGCAUCAUCUCAUGGAUCUAGAAGCAAUAGUAGUAGUAGCAGUAUCAGUGGAAGUAGCACUUCAACUGAUAGUGGAGAUGAUAGUGGGGAAGAACAUGGCACAAGUGGCAGUGAAAGUCAUAGUUCUGGGGAAGAAGAUGAAGAAGAAAAUGAAAAUACAGAAUACUCUGUUAAAGCAGAAAGUCCAGAUACUCUGAAAUGGGAAACAUGUAUUGCUGCAAAUAUCAAAGUGAAAUUGCCUCAAGAUCUUUGUGAACAUGCAGUAAUUUUUAAGGAAUUUCUGGAUUAUCCUUAUAUUUGGAAUGAAUGUCUUACUGAAAGUCAAAGGGAAUCAUUGUGUAACCUCCUACCAGCUUUCCCUAAGGAUUGUGAUGUAGAAGCAGAAACAGAAAAAACAUUGCGAAUGUUAUUUGAACGUGAAAAUGACAGAUUUGGAGUAGCACCUCUAGAUGCAUUUCAGAUUCACUUAUCCGCUGGUCAUUAUCGACCAGAUAUUCGAAGAAUGUGUAGUUUAGUACGUAAGGCACAGCAAAGAAGAUUAUUAUUUGAAGAACGGAAACGGUCCUAUGAGUUGGCCAGUCAGUUACUGAAAUCCAGAGAGAGCUUGUUGUCUAACGCAUAUAAACAAGGUUUCUGUCAGCCGGCGCAACGAACGUUGUCGAAGGUUCAAUGGAGGAAACCCAAACCUGCUAUGGUUGAAGAGAAAACACAACUGCGCUAUUUGGAGGAACUGAAUGCACUGAGGACAGAGCUCGGAGUGAGUGCAAAGUUAGCGGCCGACACAACGUCCGAGAAUGAGGAAAACUAUCCGCACUAUCAAAUGUCUGGAACUAAACAGAAGAAGAAGAAACGUUCUCUCAUGGGAUCUCAGGGAUUGUCGAUCAGAGGCUUGCAAAUGAAUCACGAAGAUGAGACUAUACGACCUGUUUUCUCCACGUUGCAACGUGCGGAAUAUCCUACAAACAGAUCAUUAUUUAUUCGUGAACAAACGGAGGAGAUGUAUCGUGAAAUGUUACUUACACACAAGAAAAGAAGAGCUCGCCGUGAUGUUCAUCCAGAGUUAAAUACACAAGGUAUUGCCCUUGCUGAUUUAACUCAAAGAGCACAAAUUGGACAGAAGCACAAACUGUCAAUAGGACCUUCUAUACGUAUCACACCUGCAAAGAAACGAAUAAAAUUGGAGCAGUCACCACUUUGCCCACCCGCACCAAGAUUAAUAAAUUCCAAUUCAAUAAAACAUGAGAGCGAUAACAGUGAUUAUUCUCAUACAACGGAUGAAAAUAGACAUUCCAGUACAUUGGAUAUGGAUCAUAGGAUGCUAACGCCAAUAAAUUCAGAGCCAGUAGAUGCAUACGAAAUGCAUCAGAUAUCAAAGAAGAAGUUAAGUCCUGCUACACCGAAAGGUAGUAAAUCUUCCAUGAUAACCACACCAGAAAUAAAAAAGGAAGUGGAAGAUAUAGAGUAUGAUGAAAUAAAAACGGAACUUAGUACGGGAGUAAACGAAGACGCACCACCAGAAACAGAAGAAGAAGAAGAAAAUGAUAAAAAGGAGCUUGAUUUGGAUAGCAUCGACAUGAUGCAGCUUCCUAUACAACUUGAUGAUGGAAUUGACAUAUUGGAUGAUGUCAAAUGUGAAGAUGAAGGAGUUAUAUCGAUACCAGACAAAGAAAUUACUGUCCCAAUUAAUGAAGAUGCUAUCGACAUUAAUAGUGGGGCAGAAUUAAUGCAAGAGACUCAUGCUUGUUUUUUCUCAUUGUUAAGAGAUGCAUUCACCUCGAAAGGUGAAUACAGAAUGAGUGCAAUAGAAAUGAAAGAUGCUAUUACGCAGUGGCAAGGAAAUCCCAUUUCGCCGUUAAACGAUUGGUACUCUCUAGCAUCUUCUUGGCCAGCAUUGGUGCCACUAGCUUUGGGAUUUCUUGCCGGUGAACUCACGUACACUCUAGAAAUAGGAGAUCGGCAAGAAAGAGAAUCAGAACUUGUUCCUUAUUUAGAAAAUAAAGGAAAUGGUCUCUAUGCGUGGAUUGGAGCCGGACGAGACUCGGAUUCUCGUCUUUCAGAUUUAUGUGCGAAAUUCUUAAUGCACAAAGAUUCAUUAGGUCUACCAACUGUAAUUAGCUCUUGUUCCCUAGUAGCUGUGAAGCAACAAACUCAAGUGACUCAAGUUAGUAAUAACAACGUUAACAGUAGUUCUGGAAAUGUAAAUGUAAAUUCGAGUGGCAGAGACAGUAGUCCAGCGAUAGAAUCGAUUAAUGUCGAUGGUGGAUCCAUCAAUACCGUUGCAGAAUGGGAACCACCUCGUGCUUUAUGGCCCACGGAAUGGAAAGUCCGACAAUCCACGACAGAAGAACGAGAAGAAUUUAGAAGGCAAGAACGUAUGCGUUAUGCUGCACCUCAUAAAGCAUUUACCUACAGAAUGCACGGUUAUGCUUCCGUCGUAGGUCCUGUGAAAGGCAUUUAUCAACAUAAUGUCGCUUCUGGUUUAACUAAGGCUCGUGGACAUUCAUUAUUAGUAGCAGAUCGACCAAAUUUUGUAACGAUCUUAGCCUUAGUCAGAGACGCCACUGCUAGGCUUCCUAAUGGAGAAGGAACUCGAGCUGAUAUUUGUCAAUUACUGAAAGAUUCCCAAUAUAUUAGGGAACAAACAGAGAGCGAUGAUAAGGAAGGAUAUUUACAUUCUGUUGUAUCUGGCGCUUUAGACAGAUUGCAUUAUGAAACGGAUCCCUGUGUACGAUAUUAUCCACGACGCAAGGAAUGGCUUUAUCUUCAUCGAGCACGUUCAGAAUCAGAGUUUGAAAUGUAUCAUCAACAGCUACAAGGUGUUGCAAAGAAUAAGAAAAAUGUUGGUAGCAUGUCCCGGAAUAAAGCACUUCCGCCAGUCAUAAAGCCUGCUAAUGUUAAUAAAGAACAACCUCCCAAUAACACUAAAGAAACAACACCUAAAAAAGAGAGAAAAGUUGGGUCAACUACCCAACCUGUUAUCUCAAGGAAAGAGCAAAAAAAGAGUGAAGAAAAAAAUCUAAAUGAUCAUUCUGUUACCGCGGAACAAUCUGUUACUGUCACGAAUGUAGUAACAACAAUCAGCACGCCAGCGACUUCAGUAAUUUCUAUGACAGGGACUACUGUUCCGACUACGUCUCAGCCAACUUCUUCUACCUCCAUCAACACGAUUACCGUAGAAAAAGACGUAACAACUAAUGAAGUAAAACCACAAAUUACUACAAGUACUCCGGCGAAGAAGGCUACCAAUAUCGGUGGAAAACCGGUUGCUGUUGUGAAAACCAGUGCUCAGAGUUUAUUACAAUCAAAUCAGCAACAUUUUCCGCACCAUCAAAUUCAAGUAUCAACAUCCGCUGGUUUACAGACUAUUCGAUUAUCUGGACAUUCUGUUUUACAUUCUGCUCAGUCUGUGGUAGCUAGCAGUGCUUCUAACGUGACAAAUGUAACCACCAAUUUAACUACUAUAUUACCUCCUGCUAAAGUACAAAGUCAACAACAGCAACAGCAGCAAUCACAACAACCGCAGCAGCAACAACAACAAACAAUAGUAACUAACCAAGCUGGUAAAAGUAUAUUACAAACUGCUAAUAUAAAACAACAACAAUCUCAACAGCAACAUGUGCUACCAGGAAAGACUUUGCUAACUUCCCAAAUAAAAUUGGUUAGUCCGGGUCAGAUUAAAUCGCUCCUCACGGGUCAUGGACUUCAAGGUCAGACAAUAUUUAUUAAACAAUCAUCACCCUCCAGUACUCAGUCGCAACAAAUACAACAGCAACAGUUGAAACAACAACAACAACAACAAAUCCAACAGAGGGUUGUUACCAAUCAACAACAGUCAAUACAGACAUCGGGUAUGCAACGCAUAAUUGCGCAGAUAGGAGGGAAACCAAUUGCAGUGCAGAUUCAGCAGUCACCGCACCAACAACAACAGCAGCAACAAAAAAUACUGGCGAAGGUUUUAACUAGUUCUGGUAGUGGUCAACUUAUCUCGGUAGAAAAUCUUCUUGCUCAAAAGGGAUUAAAAUUGGCAACUACAGCUAGCCAUGCUAAUCAAUUAAGUAGACAAGGAAAACAAGUUAUACAAACUCAGUAUCAGGUAGUGUCGCAAGCGCAGACUUCUUCAGGCCAAUCUAAAAUCAUAGCAAGCACGCAACAACAGCAACAACCACAACAAGCACAAACUGUUCGAAUGGUAACAGCUCAAUUAGCUGGAAAGCCAAUAGUUUUAGCAAGUGGUAACAAAAAUGUAGGAGUUGGAGUAAGCAGUAGCGGAAGUGUAGUACUCGGAAAACAACAACCAUCACAGCAACAACAGACUCAACAACAGCCUAUCAUUUUACCGAGUCAAUUGCUUAAUAUCAAAACAUUACAUGGCUUGAAAGUAAUACCAACUCCAGCUGGAUUGAAAACCACAGGUGCGGCAGUAUAUGCGCGAGUUAUUGCUCCAACUACCAUAACUUCGUCUCAAUCGACGGGGAAUCAACAGCAGACUAUUCAAACACAGCCAUCAAGAAACAAUACUUACAGUACACCUUGACAGAAUUGAUAUCACAUUCUUUUUUUAUUUAUCCUUGUUCCCAAGUUAUUUUAAUUUCCUGUAGUUUGGAAUUUUGCAAAGAACACAUGAUUUGUAUGUAUAAAAACAAAACAAAAAAAAAAAAGAAAAAAAGCGUAAUAAAAGUUAGUGAAGCUCGUACGUAGGAUUACGUUACGUUAUAUACUAUGUUAUUUAAAUUUGGUGAAAAAAAAACUGAAAAAAAUCGUCCAGUUUGUUCGACACACUAAUCGGGAUCAAGGCAUAUAAUACUAUAUCGGGACAUUUAAAACGAGGACAUAC